CUUUGGUCAAAACAACAUGGUUCCCCCCGGUGAUGGCAAUGUGAACAAGCAGCUCUCACCUCUGAAACGACUUAAAGUUUAAUAUUAUCUGAAAUACAACAGUAACAGUGACUGAAGCUCCAUGGCGCUCAGAGUGUGCUCGCGGGUUUUCAAAGACUCCGCCGUCCUCUCGAGACUGCAGCUCGGGACUGCUCGACAGGACAGUGCGUCAUGGUUCCUAACAGCGGGAAACGCUGUCUGCAGCAGACGAGGGAGGAAAGGAUUUAUCUUCACUCCUGCUUGUUUUAUUACAUCAGAUGCAUUUCUCAACAGACUGAAGAAAGGCAAAGCAGCGGAGGCAGACGGCAGUUUUUAUCGCCUGCCAGCGUCAGUUCAGCCAGACAGCGCUGAACAAUUAUCCUUGUUACUGAGACAUCCAGAUCAGCCUGAAAACGCAAAGGUUUUGAAAGUGGCCCUUAUAGGUGCCCCCAAUGCUGGGAAGUCCACGUUGUCCAAUCAGCUCCUUGGCAGAAAGGUGUUUGCCGUAUCAAAGAAAGUACACACUACAAGGUCACGGGCCCUGGGCGUCCUAACAGAGGAGGACACACAGAUAAUUUUACUGGACACUCCUGGUCUCACCACUGUAUCAAAGGUCAAAAGACACAACCUGGAGAAGACAUUGCUUGAGGAUCCCUGGAACACGGUCAAAGAAGCAGACGUAGUGGUAGUGUUGGUGGAUGUGUCCGAUAGAUGGAUGUGCAGCAGGCUUGACUUCGAGGUGCUCAAAUGCCUGGCCAAGAACGCUGACAUCCCUGCAAUCCUGGUGCUCAAUAAGGUAGACCUGAUGAAGGCUAAGGACCGGCUGCUGGACAUCACAGCAGAGUUGACAUGUGGAGAGGUGGAUGGACGCAAACUGCGGGUCAGAAAAGUGAUCAAGCCUCCAUGGGCUGAAAAGAGGUCCGAUCCCGAGUCAUCGCCUGACGAGGACAACGCUGAGCUUGAAGGCGCCGUCGAUCCGAGCACUGCAACGAUCAAAGAGCAGCUGAAGGCUCUGAGGAGUCAGAAGGGCUGGCCUCACUUCAAGGAUGUCUUCAUGCUGUCCUCUGUGGACAAAGAGGACGUGGAGACUCUGAAGAACUACUUUAUGGUUGCGGCUAAGCCAGGUUCAUGGCAGUACCACAGUGAAGUCCUGACCGACCAGACUCCAGAGCAGGUCUGCACCAACAUCAUCAGAGAGAAGCUUCUGGAGUAUCUGCCACAGGAAGUGCCCUACUCCAUCACACAGUCUAUCGAACUCUGGGACGAUGGAGAAAAUGGAGAGCUGGAUAUUUCUGUGAAACUUUAUGCCAAGAAAGACACUCACAUGCGGAUGGUGAUAGGCGCCGGGGGCCAGAUGGUCGGGCGUAUGGCCCGGGAGGCCAGCGAGGACCUGAGCCGCGUCUUCCUGAGGGACGUGAGGCUGAAGCUCUCUGCAAAGCUGAAAGUCUGAGGAGGAUGGAAGCACUCAAAGGAAACAGAUCCUGCUGGAUUGAAGAGGUCUCUUCUGGUAUUCAUCCACGCAAAGACAGACAUGAAAAGAGGAACUAAAGAGAGGACUCUCCUCAUGAGCGGAGCUGUAUGAAGGAGAAAAAGUGGACUCUAAAUGUUGAAAUUGCAUCUUCUGUCUGCAUGCAUCAGUAGCAACCUUUCAUGCAGUUUCAGAAGAUACUAUUAAAGAUUUUUACCCUA